AUCUCUGACGAGCAGCUUUUUAAAAGCGUUGCUAGUGUAAAUUACUAGUAACAUGUUUCUCUAUGAGUCUAUGUAAUAUAGUUUCUAAUGUACCAGUAGAGUUCGAUUUCCAUAAAAUGAUAAGAAGAGCAUCAAUAUUGCGAUGGCAAUGACUGAACUACAAGCCAGCAGUGAUAUCCGCCCGAAAUCAGCAUUGGUGCAGAUUAUAGAGAUCCAGGAGAAAGCAGUCAACCCAACACCUGUGCUUAAACGGCUAUCUGAAACCCGAACUGAUGAAUUUCUAUCUGAGCAAAGACUUAGGGAGUUGACAGGAUUCGAGGAUUUGAGCAUGGUUUUCACUUUAGACCUUGAGGUUGAUACUGAUCGAAUGUCGGUAGCAAACUUCGGAACAUAUUUACCAAACUUGAGACAUUUAAGACUAUCUAAUAGUAAUAUUCCGUCUGUUCGAGAUCUUGGUACAUUUCUCAACAGUGUAGAGGUCAUUUGGAUGCCUCGCUGUUGUCUUGUUAGCCUUGAUGGGUUAUCAAGUUUUACAAAACUAGUAGAAUUAUACAUAGCUUUCAAUGGAGUAUCGGAUCUUAGUCCGUGUGCAAUGUUGGACAAUAUCGAAGUAAUAGAUCUCGAGGGCAACCUGAUUGAAGAUAGAAGCAGUUUGUCAUACCUUCGUCUCUGUCACAAUCUUACUUCCCUUACUCUUGAAGGAAAUCCUUUUGUUUCAAAAUAUGGUGGGAAAGUGAGGUACAGAAAAGUUGUGAGGGAAGAACUACCACAGAUAACCAUCCUUGAUGACAUUCCAAUACAGAAAAAUCCUGUUUCACAUUCAGGGGAAUAUGAUAUAACCAAGUUCGACAGUGAAUGGGAGUAUAUAAACAUCCUCUUGAAAGAAAUUGGUCUGCUAUCUGGUAAAGCGAAAAAUAUUGUAGACGGAGAAAAGUCAGGAUAUCCUCUGGUCACUGGAGAGGCAAUAGAAGCGGGCCGUUCAACUUUAGGCCUAAGACCAACAUCGGCAUUGAAGCAGAAGUAUCAAAAAAACACUAUACAGUUUACCGAACCUAAGGAUGGUCACAACACUCUGAAGCUUUCUAGAAGUUCGUCUGUAAUGAUGGAUAAGGAAGUUAACUCGGAUGAAGAAGAACUUGUUUCUGAGCUUACAACGGGCAAAGUUAUAUGUGGAGGUAUUAGUACAGCACUGCGUCGUCGAAGAUUUUCACUCCAGACAGGUAAGAUUGAAAAAAUACAAUCAGCUUGUCUGAGAUUAGAAAGUGAAAGUGUAACUAGUUCAGCCUUGGACAAGAGUUAUAUAUGCAGCUUGGAAGCAGGAAAUACAACUCAGAAUGAACCUAGUGGCCAACAGACCAACAAUAUCAAAACAGUUUCGGAUCAUGAAACAAUUACGAAUGAAGAAUUUAAUUUACGUAAGGAAUGUGAUAUCGUUUUGAAAGAACUUGCCGAAUGGAGAAAACUACACUCAGAAUCAAAACUACUUAACUCAUGUAAAAAUACAAAGAGAAGAAAGAACAAAAUUACAAAAGCAGAUUUGGAAUGUCAUACAGUCAUUUUAUCACCUGACAAUGAUGAAAAUACACCAGAUAAUCAUAAAGAUUUACAAAAGGAGUGCACUGAAGAUGUUUUCACAUCAAUUAAAACAUUAAAAAAUUGUAAUGAAAAACCAUAUACAACACAUAAAAAGAAGCUUGCAAAUUCGAAUGAAAAUCAAAAUCAUAAAAAUACUGGACCGUUUAAAAUGUCAAACGAAAUCGACAAAAGUCAAAUUAAAAUUAAACAAGUGAAUGUUGGUACAAGCUCAAUUCAUAAUCAAUCUGUUAAUAAUAAUUGUACACUAUCUGAAUUCUGUUCUUCAUCAUAUUCACUACAAUCAAUUAAUUCUGAUCAGAUCAACACAAAUUCAUCAUCUAUUUUUCCAAUCACAUCAAAUUGUUCUUCUAAUAGACAAAAGUUAAACGACUCAUUAUCACAUGUUGAAUGCUUCUUCGAUGAACAAUUGAUUGUGGAGAAUGGGGAGAGUAGUACACAGGAUAUUCACAGUCAAAAAUUGUCAUUAAAAAAUAAUCAUCAUCACCAGGUACAACAUCAGCCCCAAAUAUCCAAGGUCAGCAAUUUCAAAUCAUCUCAUACAAGUUCAACCAAUAGAAUCAUUCGAAAUGAAUCGGGGAAUAAAUUAGCUCUGAAAUUCACCAAGUCAUCUAACAGUACUAUACAACCAUUACCAUCCAAACCAUUAGUAAAACAUGAAAAUUAA